AUGUGUAAAUCUUGUGCGGCAUGCGUCCGCGUGCUGAUGAUCGUAUUCAACAUUUUGUUCACGAUAGUGGGAAUGGUUGUUUUGGCUGCGGCAUUGUACUUCUACUUUUCAACAUUUGGAGUUAGAGGUGUACAACAACACAAUAUAUUGGGAUAUACUUAUAUUGUCAUCGCUGUGAUUGGGGCUCUGAGUUUUAUAUUGGGAAUAUUGGGUUGUUGUGGUUCAUAUCACUAUAGUCGGUGUUUAUUGGGUAUUUAUUUCUCCUUGUUGUUGGUUAUAUUCGCGAUUGAAAUUGCCAUCGGUGUAGCAGGAUUCGUUCACAGAGACCAGGCCCGUCAAAUAAUUCAUGAAACAUUGAAAGAAGGCGUUGAAGACUGGAAGAAUUCGGACAGUGAAGUUCGAUGGAUGGAUACAAUCCAUGUUAUGUUUCAAUGUUGCGGUUACAAUGGACCAAUGGAUUAUGGUGUCACAAGAGUACCUUCGUGUUGUUUAAAUGAUGAUUGUGCCCUGGAUUUAGCUUUGCUUAGCUUUAAAACGGGUUGUAAAGAGAGAAUUGACAAUAUUAUGCAUAAUUUUCUUAUCAUAUGCAUCUCCGUUAUCUUGGUAGCACUUAUCGAGUUAAUCGGAUUAAUAUUUGCUAUGACUCUGUGUUGUGCUGUCAACGGACGUGAUCCAAAUGCUUACUAUCGAGCAGUACAAACAGCAUAA